AUGAGUGAGGCGGAUAAGGAGGAGGAUGGGGGGUGCGGAUUAGGCUCAUUAUAUGAACCAAGAUCUAAAAUGGAAGAGAAGAGGAGGAGGGAGAGGGGGUGUAAGAUACCAAAUCAGGGCACAAUUCCAGGUGGUUUCUUCUUUUUGAUAGGAUCCAUUAAUAACCACAGAGAGGGGCUAUUUGCUGUUGUUGUUUUGAAACAAAUUGCAUCAGCAGCAGCAUCAGUAUCAGUACCAUUAUUACCAAUAACAACAAUCUCUGCAUCACCAGCAGCAGCAGCAGCAACAACAACAACAACAACAACACCUCCAACAGUCUACCAACGAUUAAUUGGCGACCGUGUUAAACCAACAUUCCCAUUAAGACAAGUGCAACGCAUUAGAAAUAAAACGUCAUUCCUGUUGAGAAGACAUACAAAUGGCGACGAAGUACUACAAGCAGAGGUUCAUCAACACAAGUAG